AUGGCCUGCACACAUCCUCCCUCUGCUCCACGUAAUGCCAUCUCCAAUGUCAACGAGACCAGUGUCUUCCUGGAGUGGUCCGUUCCCAUGGAAACAGGUGGCAGGAAGGAUGUGCGCUACAACAUCCUAUGCAGACGGGUUUUGCCAGAUGGAAGGGGCCUGGAAGAAUGCGGCCCCAACGUACGCUUUUUGCCACGCCGUGUCGGCCUGUCAAACACCUCUGUGAUGGUGGCCGACCUGCAGUCACACACUAACUACAGCUUCCUGCUGGAGGCUGUCAACGGGGUGUCAGAGCUGGCCAAAGACCACGCGAAGCAGUAUGUGUCACUUAAUGUGACAACCAAUCAGGCAGCUCCACCCAGUGUAAACCUACAGGAGCUCCGCAGCAGUCUGGAGCUAAUGGACAAACUUCAACACAACAUCCUGGAGGAGACGGAGCCUUUCCAAAGCAGUGUGCUCCUCCAACCGCUCUCCUACCAGCUGGAGAAAGAGGGAGAGCGCUUUGGCCUGACCCUGGACACUCAAGGCUUUUCCCCAGAGGAGCUGUCUAUCAGGCAGGUGGGCAGGAAGCUGAGAGUCAGCGGGAAGACAGAGAAGAAGCAGGAGGACCGGAAAGGCUCCUACUCUUACAGACGCCAGGAGUUCAGACAGGAGUUUGAUCUGCCUGAAGGGCUGAACCCCGAAGCCGUCACCUGCUGCCUGGCUCCAGACGGGAAGCUCCACAUCCAGGCGGCCAGAGCUCCAUGUGUUGAGGAGGCUGAGAGAGAGCUGACCAUCAAGAGGAGCUCGGAGGAGAAACCACAGCAGAGUGUGUGUUCACACACAGAAGGCAGCAGCACAGAGACACACAACAGCACACAGGACAAACCUGAAGACAUGGACUCAGCUACAUGUUGUUCUAACAAUGUGCAGUAAAUGUGGCUUAUAAAUGUGUUGAAUGAUGAUUAUAUGAGCGUU